UCCCUCAAGUCGAACCCACGUGCGUGUGCAUGUGCGUGCCUUGAACGGAUAUAUGCGCAUCAUGCUACCGCUGCGCUGUUGCAUUUUUGCGCUCUUCGACGUGUAAUGAAACGAGACGAAGUACACGGAUAAAUUGCUUUGGUUGUCAUCAGACCAAACAUGGGAGACACCGGUUUGUUUCCUGCUCUUUCUGGCGAUGAUCCGCAGGUAAUCGAACUGGAAAGCCUCUGCCUGCAAUGUCGGGAAAACGGCACCACACGGAUGCUGCUUACCAAAAUCCCAUUCUACAAGGAAGUCGUGGUGAUGUCUUUCCAUUGUGAACACUGCGGCUGGCAGAACAGCGAGCUGCAGCCGGCUGCGACCGUUCAGCCGACGGGAAUCCGCUUCGAGCUUCUUGUGCGCACCAAGCAGGACUUGAACCGGCAGGUGGUGAAGACGAGAGAUGCUGUCGUGGUGGUACCCGAUGUGGAACUCGAGAUACCCGCGAGAUCGCAGGAAGGCAGCGUCACUACUGUUGAAGGAGUGUUGCAGCGAGUGGUGCUUGGCCUGGAAACCUCCGUCGCUGACCGUUCCGAGGGUCGCGAUAAGCUUUCGGACUUUGUGUCCCGGCUGAAGAAGCUGCAGGAGCUGGAAAAGCCGUUCCGUCUCAUUUUGGAUGACCCGUCGGGCAACAGUUUUGUGGAGAACCCGCAAGCUCCUGGUGCCGACCCGUCUAUGACAGUGCGCCGAUACCAGCGCACAGCCGAGCAGGACUCCUGCUUGGGUAUUGUUGCCGCGUCGGAGUCCAGCGAGCAAGACUUGCACGACGACGUGCUCGGCUUUGCGACCAGCUGCAGCGAGUGCCAGGCGCCGUGCGAGACGCGGAUGAAGCUCACACAGGUGCCACACUUCAAGGAGGUAGUGAUUAUGGCAACCACGUGUGACCGGUGUGGCCAUCGCACCAACGAGGUGAAGAGUGGCGCAGGCAUUGAGCCACAGGGGGUGCGACUGGAGCUGCGUGUCCUGGAGCCUGCCGACUUGGCCCGGGACGUGCUGAAGUCCGAGACAUGCACGGUGCAUGUGCCUGAACUAGAGCUGGAGGCUGGUGCGGGCCUCCUGUCGGGUCGCUUCACCACAGUCGAGGGCUUGCUGGACAGCAUGCGCCAGCAGCUGGCCCAGGAGAACCCAUUCUUCCAGGGCGACUCGACCACAGGGACUAGCCGGCUGCGCAUGGGUGCUGUAGUGGACCAGCUGGCAAAAGCAGCGGCCGGCAAGCUACCAGUCACCCUGGUGCUGGAUGACCCCUGCGGCAACAGCUAUGUGCAGAGUCUGUGCGCCCCGGACCCCGACCCAGCUCUGACGGUGACUCACUAUGAGCGCACUUUCGAGCAGAAUGACGAGCUUGGGUUGAACGACAUGAGGACCGAGGACUACUCCUGACUUUCACCUGCACCCAGAAAAAUUGUGCAACAGCAUGCCUGCAAUGAAAAUAAUUAGACCCAUAAGAAAAAUUGCACAGCAAUGUG